AUGAAGAGCAUCUCAUCGUUGAGUUUGGUGGCGGGGCUGACUGUCGUCUCGGCGCUGCCGACCAAUGAGGGAGUCCCAGGCAGCAUCACCGAUGCUCUCACAUGGACAGGCCAAGUGCAGUUAGGCCAGCUGCCCAUAGUCUUGACCGGGACUGCCGAGGAGAUCUACCACAACAUCACAGCGCUUAACCCCAACUACGACAGCGAGCUUGGCAUCAAUAGUCAGAACUCUUUGACCACGGAGCAGAACUUGGAGAACUUGGCCCUUCUCAACGCACGUGCACCAACUUCAAGCGAUUACACGUGCAACUAUGGCACCUGGGUCAGCGCUCUCAACACCGCCGCUGUCAUCAGAUAUCUCUACAAUAUUGGCAAUGGCGACUGUGCGGCCCCUCCAGGAAGGCCAGGCGCAGGUGGGUGCAGUAACACUGGCUGCGCGGGGGAGUCGUCCGUCUGGCUCUGCAACGACUACAACUUCCAGCUCCACGUGCCGUGGCGACUCGUGGCAGACAACGCUGUCGAGGUGAUGAUCAAGUGCCAGAACAACGACGUGGUGCGGGGACAGAUCUUUUCCACUGACCGAGGCUGGAACACAAUCAUCAACCGCUGCUAGGUAGGCUUUGUUAGGUGCGGCUCAGAUUUUGUCUCCCUCUUGCAUUCACCGGCCCCAGGUAUUUAGCGAUGCAAAAUGGCAGGGAUACUGCUGCAACCAGAGCAGAGAAGGGAUGAUCUCUGUGACGUCCCGUCCCACAUAGGUAGCAUUUGCCUCAAACUCAACAAUUUUAUGUCUGUGAUCAGCGGUCUUUCUCCAAUGUCUCAC